AUGGAGGAUGCCGAGAGGCACCUGGUUGGGCAGAGAUGCCCAGCGAGGAAGAGGCACCCUCCUCCCUGCCCUUGGGGCCCUUCGCCGGCCCUCUUCUUGCUCCUCUUCCUCCUCCUUUCCACGGUGCCUGGCCAUGGUGAGGAACCCGAGUGCCCUCUGCCCUGCGAUUGCCCACCUGAGCCACCCACCUGCACCCCAGGUGUGCCCACCAUCCUUGAUGGCUGUUUCUGCUGCCUCACCUGCGCUCGGCAGCGAGGGGAGAGCUGCUCGGCCAGGAUGCCCUGCGACCAGAGGAUUGGCCUCUACUGUGACCAGGGGGCAGGGGCCCAAGCUGGUUUGGGCAUCUGUAUGGGUAAGGGGGUCCUUCUUGGUCAAAUGCACCAAGAGCCUUGCAACUUUUGA